AUGAUCUCCAAAGGCAUCAGGCGCAAGCUUGAGAAAGCAGGUUACCUUUGGGAAGACGAGUUGGUGAAUGUGUUAUGGUCUAUUCGAACCACAACUAAGAGUUCAACAGGAGAGACCCCAUUCUUUCUAGUCUACGGCGCUGAACCCGUACUCCCAAUUGAGAUGUACAAACCUACCUUUUGGGUAAUUCUAUAUGAUGAGUUGGCCCAUAGGAAGGCUAUGAAGACGGCCCUGGACUUUCUUCCAGAAGCCAAGGGCAAUGCGGCACUUAAACAUGAAAUCUACCAUCUUAAAAUGAUGAGGGCAUACAACCGCAAGGUGUCUAAGCGUCUGCUAAAGAUGGGGGAUCUUGUUUUGAGAAAAAUAGAAGCGGUUGGGCGAGCUAAUGAAGAUGGAAUGUUAACCCCUAACUAG